CGUUUAAAUGGAAUCAGGUUGCUAUUUACCAAUUAUAACCAUUCCACUUAGAUCAUGUUCAUAGUAUAUUCUUUUACAAAUAUGUAACUUUCUCAAAUUAUGUUGAAUAAGAGUCAUUAUAAUAAUAUUAAUAUUAUUAAGACACUUAUCAUAACGCAUUCUUAUUAUAUUUAACUUACCAUCACGGGAUCACUACUAUUUACUAUAUAUACCUGCUGAGUAUCUUAUUGCAAAAAAUAUUCAAUUUUUAAUUAAUAUAAUUAAUAUACCCUUAACCAUGUCAGAUAUAACACUAGGAAGAUACUUAUUCGAAAGACUACAUCAGUUACAAGUUGAUACGAUCUUUGGACUUCCAGGAGACUUCAACCUUUCCUUACUAGAUAAAGUAUAUGAGAUACCAAAAAUGAGAUGGGCAGGUAAUGCCAAUGAAUUGAAUGCUGCUUAUGCAGCUGAUGGUUAUAGUCGUAUAAAAGGGUUAGCAUGCUUGGUUACAACCUUUGGUGUUGGUGAAUUAUCUGCUCUUAAUGGAGUGGGUGGAGCUUAUGCUGAACAUGUAGGGUUACUUCAUGUUGUAGGUGUACCAUCAAUAGCUAGCCAAGCUAAGCAAUUAUUAUUACACCAUACAUUAGGUAAUGGUGAUUUCACAGUUUUUCAUAGAAUGUCCAAUAAUAUCAGUCAAACAACAGCCUUUUUAUCGGAUAUUACAACAGCUCCAAUGGAAAUUGAUCGUUGUAUAAGAGAAGCUUAUAUCUAUCAACGUCCCGUAUAUAUUGGCUUACCAGCUAAUUUAGUUGAUUUAAAAAUUUCAGGAAAUUUAUUGAAUCAACCUAUUGACUUAUCACUAAGACCCAAUGAACCAGAAGCUCAAGAAGAAGUCAUUGAACUAAUUAAAAAAUUACUUUCAACUUCUCAUAAUCCAAUUAUUCUCGUAGAUGCUUGCGCUUCAAGACAUAACUGCAAAUCAGAAGUCGAACAAUUAGUAAAUAAAACUGGAUUUCCUGUAUUCACUACGCCUAUGGGGAAAUCCACUAUUGAUGAAUCUCAUCCCCGAUUUGGGGGAGUUUAUGUUGGUACUUUAAGUCAGCCUGACGUUAAAGAGUUUGUAGAGAAUAGUGAUUUAAUUCUUUCAGUAGGUGCUUUGUUAUCUGAUUUCAAUACCGGUUCAUUCUCAUAUUCUUACAAGACAAAGAAUAUAGUUGAGUUUCAUCUGGAUUACACUAAAAUCAAACAAGCUACUUUUCCUGGAGUUCAAAUGAAAGAAACCUUACAAGAAUUAUUACGAGUUAUUAGUGUUCCUAAGAAUUAUAUUCCACCACCCAUUCCAGUGAUUGCACAAUUAGAUACAACUAAAUUCUCACCUUCAAGUCCCUUAACGCAAGAAUAUUUAUGGUCAAAAGUAUCUACAUGGUUUGAAGAAGGGGAUAUCAUUGUCACAGAAACAGGUACUUCAGCAUUUGGUAUUAUUCAAUCUAAAUUUCCUAAUAAUACCAUUGGAAUAUCUCAAGUAUUAUGGGGAUCAAUUGGAUUUACAGUAGGGGCAACUGUUGGAGCUGCUAUGGCAGCUCAAGAAAUUGAUCCCAAUAAACGAGUUAUUUUAUUUGUUGGGGAUGGGUCAUUACAAUUAACUGUUCAAGAAAUCUCUACUUUAUGUAAAUGGGAAUGUAAUAAUACUUGGUUGUAUGUAUUGAAUAAUGAUGGUUAUACUAUAGAAAGAUUAAUUCAUGGAAUGAAUGCUACCUACAAUGAUAUUCAACCCUGGAAUAAUUUGGCCAUACUACCGUUAUUUAAUGCUAAAGCUUAUGAAGCCAUUCGAACUUCGACAGUUGGAGAAUUAGAUCAAUUAUUUAAUAAUUCUUCAUUUAAAAUUCCAAAUAAAAUUAGAAUGAUAGAAGUAAUGCUACCUACUAUGGAUGCCCCACCAAACUUAAUAGCUCAAGCAAAGUUUUCUCUGGAAGCCAAUGAAAGUUAGGAUGACGAGAUUUGCAUUAAAAAAUGAAAUAAAACAUAAAAUAAAUAAUAAUAAAAUAAAGUAACGGUAAAAAUUAUAAAAUAAAAUAAAAUAAAGUAAAAAUUAAUAAAAAGGUGACUGUAAAACAAAAAGCGCAAAUAUUUCUAAUUAUA